CCCUCUGCUCGAACUCGCUGGACUGAAGCGAUGGCCUCGGAAGUGGUGUGCGGGCUUAUCUUCAGGCUGCUGCUCCCCAUCUGCCUGGCAGUAGCAUGUGCAUUCCGAUACAAUGGGCUCUCCUUUGUCUACCUCAUCUACCUCUUGCUCAUCCCUCUGUUCUCAGAACCAACAAGGGUGACAAUGCAAGGACACACAGGACGGCUACUAAAGUCUCUGUGCUUCACCAGUCUUUCAUUCCUGUUGCUGCACAUUAUUUUUCACAUCACGUUGGCUAGUCUUGAAGCUCAACACCGUAUUGGACCUGGCUACAAUUGUUCAACAUGGGAAAAAACUUUUCGGCAGAUUGGCUUUGAAAGCUUAAAGGGUGCUGACGCUGGCAAUGGAAUCAGAGUGUUUGUACCUGAUAUCGGGAUGUUCAUUGCCAGUCUGACUAUCUGGCUCGUCUGCAGAAACAUUGUCCAGAAACCAGUGACAGAAGAAGCAGCACAAUAUAACCAGGAGUUUGAAAAUGAAGAAUUGGCUGGAGGAGAAAAAAUGGAUCCAGAAGAGGCCCUGAUCUAUGAAGAGGACUUAGAUGAAGGAGCUGGUGUUGAAGGCGAGUUGGAAGAAAGCACAAAAUUAAAAAUGUUCCGCAGGCUUGCCUCCAUGGCUUCCAAGCUUAAGGAGUUUAUUGGCAACAUGAUAACCACCGCUGGGAAAGUCGUUGUGACAAUUUUACUUGGUUCAUCAGGUAUGAUGUUGCCAUCUUUGACCUCAUCUGUGUACUUCUUUGUAUUUUUGGGUCUGUGUACCUGGUGGUCUUGGUGCCGGACGUUUGAUCCAUUGCUGUUCAGCUGUCUUUGUGUUCUGCUGGCUAUUUUCACUGCGGGACAUUUGAUUGGACUUUAUUUAUAUCAGUUCCAGUUCUUUCAAGAAGCAGUUCCACCCAAUGACUAUUAUGCAAGGUUGUUUGGUAUCAAAUCAGUAAUUCAAACAGACUGUUCCAGCACUUGGAAGAUCAUAGCAAACCCGGACCUGUCGUGGUAUCACCAUGCCAACCCCAUAGUCCUGCUGGUGAUGUACUACACGCUGGCAACUCUGAUCCGCAUCUGGCUACAGGAACCCCUAGUACAGGAUGACAGGACCAAGGAAGAGGACAGAGCCCUGACUUGUAGACCCAUCCAAAUAACGGCCGAGAGGAGGCGGAGCCUGUGGUACGCCACCCAUUACCCAACCGACGAGAGAAAACUUUUGUCCAUGACCCAAGAUGACUACAAACCAUCUGAUGGCCUGCUGGUGACUGUGAACGGCAAUCCUGUGGAUUACCACACCAUCCACCCCAGUCUCCCCAUAGAGAAUGGCCCUGCUAAAGCCGACCUGUACUCCACCCCGCAGUACCGAUGGGAGCCCUCAGGUGACUCUUCAGAAAAGAAAGAGGAAGAAGAGGAUGAGAAUGAAGAAUUUGAAGAGGAACAGAGCCACGAGGAAAAGAGGAGCGUUAGAGUUCAUGCCAUGGUCUCUGUAUUCCAGUUCAUCAUGAAACAGAGCUACAUCUGUGCCCUUAUCGCUAUGAUGGCUUGGAGCAUCACCUAUCACAGCUGGCUGACUUUUGUGCUGUUGAUCUGGUCGUGCACUCUGUGGAUGAUUCGCAACAGAAGGAAGUAUGCCAUGAUCAGCUCUCCUUUCAUGGUUGUCUAUGGAAAUCUACUGCUAAUAUUACAGUAUAUAUGGAGUUUUGAACUUCCUGAAAUUAAAAAAGUCCCAGGAUUUUUAGAAAAGAAAGAGCCAGGAGAACUUGCCUCAAAGAUACUUUUCACCAUUACUUUUUGGCUACUGCUGAGGCAGCACCUCACAGAGCAAAAAGCUCUUCAAGAAAAGGAAGCUCUUCUAUCUGAGGUCAAAAUUGGAAGUCAAGACAAUGAAGAAAAAGAUGACGAGCAAGCUAUACAAAUGGAAGGAGAGGCCGAAGAAAAGGAGGAAGAAGAGGAAGCAAAGGCAGAGGAGCAAGAGAGAAAGAAGGAACUGGAGGAAGAGGAACAGGAAGACGAUGACCAGGAUGUGAUGGAAGUGCUGGGCAACUUGGUGGUAGCCAUGUUCAUUAAGUACUGGAUCUACGUCUGUGGGGGAAUGUUCUUCUUUGUCAGCUUCGAGGGUAAAAUUGUGAUGUACAAAAUCAUCUACAUGGUGCUCUUUCUCUUCUGUGUGGCCUUGUAUCAGGUGCACUAUGAAUGGUGGAGGCGAAUUCUGAAAUACUUUUGGAUGUCUGUGGUUAUUUACACUAUGUUGGUGCUUAUCUUUAUAUACACAUAUCAGUUUGAAAACUUUCCAGGCCUGUGGCAAAAUAUGACUGGAUUGAAAAAAGAAAAACUUGAAGAUCUUGGCUUAAAGCAGUUUACUGUGGCUGAGCUAUUCACUCGUAUAUUCAUUCCAACCUCCUUUCUGCUGGUGUGCAUUUUACACCUUCACUAUUUCCAUGACCGGUUCCUUGAACUGACAGACCUGAAGUCCAUUCCCAGUAAGGAAGACAGCGCCAUCUACAGACUGGCCCACCCUGAAGGCAGCCUUCCGGACCUCGCCAUGAUGAAUCUGACGGCCAGCCUGGACAAGCCGGACUUGAAGUUGGUUGAGCCUGGUGAGGAAACAGCAGAGGGAGGCCCUGAGAAAGCGGAGAAGGGUGAGCUUGAGAGAGACAGCGAGGAGGACGAGGACGAGGAAGAGGAAGAGGAGGGGGAGCCCUCAGAUUUAAGGAACAAAUGGCAUCUGGUGAUUGACCGCCUCACUGUGCUCUUCUUAAAAUUCCUGGAGUAUUUUCACAAGCUGCAGGUCUUCAUGUGGUGGAUUUUGGAGUUGCAUAUCAUCAAAAUUGUUUCAUCUUACAUUAUCUGGGUUUCUGUGAAAGAGGUGUCUCUGUUCAACUAUGUAUUUUUGAUUUCUUGGGCUUUUGCUCUGCCAUAUGCCAAGCUGCGCCGUCUGGCUUCAAGUGUCUGCACUGUUUGGACGUGUGUGAUCAUCGUCUGCAAAAUGUUGUACCAGCUGCAAACCAUUAAGCCUGAGAACUUUUCUGUUAACUGUUCCUUGCCAAAUGAAAACCAAACGAAUAUACCCCUCCACCAGCUGAACAAGUCUCUACUAUACAGCGCUCCCGUUGACCCCACAGAGUGGGUCGGACUGAGGAAAUCCUCCCCUUUGCUCAUCUACCUGAGGAAUAAUCUCCUGAUGCUGGCUAUUCUGGCAUUUGAGGUUACAAUUUACCGCCAUCAGGAAUACUAUCGAGGUCGAAAUAACCUGACAGCCCCUGUAUCUAAAACCAUCUUUCAUGACAUUACACGACACCAUCUAGAUGAUGGACUUAUUAAUUGUGCCAAAUAUUUCAUAAAUUACUUCUUCUACAAGUUUGGUCUAGAGACCUGUUUCCUAAUGUCAGUUAAUGUAAUCGGUCAGCGAAUGGACUUCUAUGCCAUGAUUCAUGCUUGCUGGCUGAUCGCUGUCUUAUAUCGACGCAGAAGAAAAGCCAUUGCAGAGAUUUGGCCCAAGUACUGCUGCUUCUUGGCAUGCAUCAUCACGUUCCAGUAUUUCAUCUGCAUUGGCAUGCCCCCUGCCCCUUGCAGAGAUUACCCAUGGAGGUUCAAGGGUGCUAGCUUCAAUGACAACAUCAUCAAAUGGCUGUACUUCCCAGACUUCAUCGUGCGGCCUAACCCCGUGUUUCUCGUCUAUGACUUCAUGCUGCUUCUGUGUGCCUCCUUACAAAGGCAGAUCUUUGAGGAUGAAAAUAAGGCUGCUGUGCGAAUCAUGGCAGGGGACAAUGUUGAGAUUUGCAUGAACCUUGAUGCAGCCUCCUUCAGCCAGCAUAACCCUGUACCAGAUUUCAUUCACUGCAGAUCAUAUCUAGACAUGUCCAAAGUGAUCAUGUUCAGCUACCUCUUCUGGUUCGUCCUCACCAUCAUCUUCAUCACCGGGACAACCAGGAUCAGCAUCUUCUGCAUGGGUUACCUGGUGGCCUGCUUCUACUUCCUGCUCUUUGGGGGUGAUUUGCUGUUAAAACCCAUCAAGAGCAUCCUGCGCUACUGGGACUGGCUGAUUGCAUACAACAUUUUUGUGAUUACGAUGAAAAACAUACUGUCAAUAGGAGCAUGUGGAUACAUUGAGAAAUUGGUUCAAAAUAGUUGCUGGUUGAUUCAAGCUUUCAGUCUGGCCUGCACAGUCAAAGGCUAUAAAAUGCCUGAUGAUGAUUCCUCAUGUAAGCUACCCAGUGGUGAAGCAGGAAUUAUUUGGGACAGCAUAUGUUUUGCCUUCCUCCUGCUGCAGAGGAGAGUUUUCAUGAGUUACUACUUCCUACAUGUCGUGGCUGAUAUAAAAGCUUCACAGAUUUUGGCAUCAAGAGGGGCUGAACUUUUCCAGGCCACAAUUGUAAAGGCUGUAAAGGCAAGAAUUGAGGAAGAGAAAAAGUCAAUGGACCAGCUGAAGAGGCAGAUGGAUCGCAUCAAGGCCAGGCAACAGAAAUACAAAAAGGGUAAGGAGAGGAUGCUGAGCUUGACCCAGGAGUCAGGGGAAGGCCAAGACAUCCAAAAACUCUCUGAAGAGGAUGAUGAAAGAGAAGCAGACAAACAGAAAGCCAAGGGCAAAAAAAAGCAGUGGUGGCGGCCUUGGGUUGAUCAUGCUUCCAUGGUCAGGAGUGGAGAUUAUUACUUGUUCGAAACGGAUAGUGAAGAGGAGGAAGAGGAAGAAUUAAAAAGGGAAGACGAGGAACCUCCGCGAAGGUCCGCGUUCCAGAGAGCUAUUGGGAAGUUUGCAUCAGCCAUUUUAGCCUUGCCCAAGUCUGUCAUUAAACUUCCCAAAACUAUUCUUCAGUAUUUAAUCAGAGCUGCAAAGUUUGUUUACCAAGCCUGGAUUACUGACCCUAAAACAGCACUCCGACAGAGGCGCAAAGAGAAAAAGAGGUCUGCAAGAGAGGAACAGAAAAGGAGAAAAGGAUCUGGGGAGGGUCCUGUGGAGUGGGAAAGCCAAGACAACCAACCAGUCAAAAAGAAGUCUGACGGACCAGAUAACAUCAUCAAGAGGAUAUUUAAUAUUUUGAAAUUUACCUGGGUCCUGUUUCUGGCAACAGUGGAUAGUUUCACAACUUGGCUUAACUCCAUUUCAAGGGAGCAUAUUGAUAUAUCUACAGUUCUGAGAAUUGAAAGAUGCAUGCUGACUAGAGAAAUUAAAAAGGGCAACGUUCCUACUCGGGAGAGCAUCCACAUGUACUAUCAGAACCACAUCAUGAGUCUUUCCAGAGAGUCAGGACUGGACACAAUCGACGAGCGUCCUGGUGCCGCUUCAGGUGCACAACCAGCCGACAGGAUGGAUAGCUUAGAUUCACAUGACAGUAUCUCCAGCUGCUACACUGAAGCAACCAUGCUGUUCUCAAGGCAGUCUACCCUUGAUGAUUUAGAUGGACCCGAAACUGUUCCUAAAACAAGUGAGCGUGCUCGACCUAGGCUCCGUAAAAUGUUCAGCAUGGAUGUGUCCUCCUCAUCAGCUGACAGUGGCAGUUUAGCAUCAAGUGAGCCCACGCAGUGCACCAUGCUGUACUCGCGCCAGGGGACCACGGAGACCAUCGCGGAGGUGGAGGCCGAACAGGACGAGGAGGCGGCCGGGGACCCCGACAGCGAGGGUUGGGGCACGGGGCCUGAAGAGACAGAGGAGGCCUCGGAGGCCUCGGAGGCUGGCCUCAGCCCUGACACCGAGUGCCCCCAGUACUCCACUGAGGACGGGGAAGCCGAGGCCCCGCCCUCCUACAGCAAGGCGGUCAGCUUCGAGCGCCUGUCCUUUGGCUCGUGUGAUGGCUCCACAGCUCAGAACCGCAUGGCGGUCAGCCCCGAUGACAGCCGCUCAGACAGGCUGGAGUCCAGCAUCCUACCGCCCCUGACUCACGAGCUCACCGCCAGCGAGCUGCUGCUGAGCAAGAUGUUCCAUGAUGAUGAGCUUGAAGAAUCAGAAAAAUUCUACGUGGGCCAGCCCCGGUUCUUGCUGUUGUUCUAUGCCAUGUACAACACGCUGGUGGCCCGCUCAGAAAUGGUGUGCUAUUUUGUGAUCAUCCUCAACCACAUGGUCUCUGCCUCAAUGAUCACCCUCGUGCUCCCCAUUCUUAUCUUCCUCUGGGCCAUGCUGUCUGUCCCAAGGCCCAGCAGGCGGUUCUGGAUGAUGGCCAUUGUCUACACAGAGGUGGCAAUUGUGGUCAAGUAUUUCUUCCAAUUUGGGUUCUUUCCCUGGAACAAGAAUGUAGAAUUGCACAAAGACAAGCCUUACCAUCCCCCUAAUAUUAUAGGAGUGGAAAAGAAAGAAGGCUAUGUACUUUAUGACCUCAUUCAGCUCCUGGCUCUCUUCUUCCAUCGAUCAAUUUUGAAGUGCCACGGCUUAUGGGACGAGGAUGACCUCGCCGACAGCAGUGCAGACGAGGGGUCGGACGACGAGCUCUCCUUCAGUCAGGGCCGAAGAGCCUCCUGCGACUCUCUGAGGUCCAUCAACCUGGCCGCGUCCUCCGAGUCGGUGCAUGUGACCUUCCCUGAGCAGCCGACCGCCGUCCGCAGGAAACGCUCCUGCAGCAGCACCCAGAUGUCCCCUCGGUCCAGCUUCUCUUCCAAUAGGUCCAAAAGAGGCAGCACGAGCACCAGAAAUAGCAGUCAAAAAGGAAGCAGUGUUUUGAGCAUCAAGCAAAAAAGCAAAAGGGAACUUUAUAUGGAAAAGCUUCAAGAACACUUAGUCAAUGCAAAAGCAUUUACCAUAAAGAAAACCUUGCAAAUAUAUGUGCCCAUCAGACGGUUCUUCUACGACCUCAUCCACCCAGACUACAGCGCUGUGACCGAUGUGUAUGUGCUCAUGUUCCUAGCUGACACUGUCGACUUCGUCAUCAUUGUCUUUGGCUUCUGGGCCUUUGGGAAACACUCGGCGGCGGCAGACAUCACCUCCUCACUGUCAGAAGACCAGGUCCCUGGGCCGUUUUUGGUGAUGGUGCUCAUUCAGUUUGGAACCAUGGUGGUGGACCGAGCGCUGUACCUCAGGAAGACUGUGCUGGGGAAGGUCAUUUUCCAGGUCAUUCUCGUGUUUGGAAUUCACUUCUGGAUGUUCUUCAUCCUGCCUGGUGUGACUGAGAGGAAAUUCAGUCAGAACCUGGUUGCCCAGCUUUGGUACUUUGUAAAAUGUGUUUACUUCGGGUUGUCUGCCUACCAAAUCCGUUGUGGCUACCCAACACGAGUCCUUGGAAACUUCCUCACCAAGAGCUACAAUUACGUCAACCUCUUCUUGUUUCAAGGGUUCCGCCUCGUUCCGUUCUUGACGGAGCUGAGGGCCGUGAUGGACUGGGUGUGGACAGAUACAACCUUGAGCCUCUCCAGCUGGAUCUGUGUGGAGGACAUCUAUGCUCACAUAUUUAUCCUGAAGUGUUGGCGGGAAUCAGAAAAAAGAUACCCUCAGCCCCGGGGACAGAAGAAGAAGAAAGUGGUAAAGUAUGGCAUGGGGGGCAUGAUCAUCGUUCUGCUCAUCUGCAUAGUCUGGUUUCCUCUGCUCUUCAUGUCCUUGAUCAAAUCUGUUGCUGGAGUGAUCAACCAGCCCCUGGAUGUCUCGGUCACCAUCACCCUGGGAGGGUAUCAGCCUAUUUUCACGAUGAGUGCCCAGCAAAGCCAGCUGAAAGUUAUGGACCAGCCGAAGUUUAAUGAAUUUAUGAAAGCUUUUGCUAGGGACACUGGUGCUAUGCAAUUUCUAGAAAACUAUGAAAAAGAAGACAUAACAGUAGCAGAACUGGAAGGAAACUCAAAUUCUUUAUGGACCAUCAGCCCUCCCAGUAAGCAGAAAAUGAUACACGAACUCAUGGACCCCAGUAGUAGCUUCUCUGUUGUUUUUUCAUGGAGUAUUCAGAGAAACAUGAGUCUGGGUGCAAAAGCAGAAAUAGCAACAGAUAAGCUUUCUUUUCCUCUUAAAAAUACCACACGAGAGAAUAUUGCUAAAAUGAUAGCUGGCAACAACACAGAAAGCUCAAAGACGCCGGUGACUAUAGAAAAGAUCUACCCAUAUUAUGUGAAGGCACCUAGUGAUUCUAACUCAAAACCUAUAAAGCAACUUUUAUCUGAAAAUAAUUUCAUGAAUAUUACCAUCAUUUUGUCCAGAGACAGUACAAGUAAAACUAACAGUGAGUGGUGGGUUCUUAACCUGACUGGAAAUAGAAUAUACAAUCAUCAGUCUCAGGCCCUGGAACUGGUGGUCUUCAAUGACAAAGUCAGCCCUCCCAGUUUGGGGUUCCUGGCUGGCUAUGGUAUCAUGGGAUUAUAUGCUUCAGUUGUCCUCGUGAUUGGAAAGUUUGUCCGUGAAUUCUUCAGUGGGAUUUCUCAUUCCAUAAUGUUUGAAGAACUUCCAAAUGUGGAUCGAAUUUUGAAGUUGUGCACAGAUAUUUUUUUAGUUCGAGAGACGGGGGAACUGGAACUAGAAGAAGACCUCUAUGCCAAAUUAAUAUUCCUGUACCGCUCACCAGAAACCAUGAUCAAAUGGACUAGAGAAAAAACAAAUUGAUGCUCUAGGACACAGACUGCAAAUCAAAUCAACAUUUGAAUUUUCAGAAGCAAAAAAAGCACAAUAUUCUCAUAAAAGCUAAGCAUUUCUAGCAGGAUGGAAAUUUGGUCUCUCUUCUGACAGGUGGCCAAAAGGAAUGGUUUCAUUUUGCAGUCAAAGCUACCUUCCAGCUAUGGCGCUGUUGAAAAAGGUAUUUGUAAUUCUCUUUCUCUGAAAUCAGGGCUACUUGCUUUCUGUUUUAGUCAAAGUGUCUUGUGUUCUGAUGGACUCUGGGAAGGGACCAUUUAUGGGUCUCCUCUGUCGGAGAAACAAAGAAAAGGAAUUAAGAAGGAAAGACAGCCUGUUUUUCUGUAUGCAGACUGCAUCCUGGCUGAAAAGAUACUACAAUGCAAUACACAGCGCUCUGUCGCUGGCGUGAAGCUGGGGGAGGAGAAGAGAUGGGACCAGCACACCCUGUGCAUGCAGCAGCAAUAGGGGCUGAAACUCCGGAUGUAGUUCCAGGGGAAGAGAGGGAUGGAGCGGAAGACCCAUGAAGAUACCAAUUGAAGGAUAAGCCUCAUUCUAAGCAAAAAGAUAACAUUAGUGACACUCUUACUGCCUUAUCUUAAUUGAAGACUAAUAAGAAAUCUUUCCAUUGAACACCAGUGACUUCUCAGGAAAAAAAAAUAAGCAGCAAAAAUGUGGCCACCGGCUCCGCUGAGGCCCAGCGGGCAGCUCGCUGCAGUGGCAGUCGCUGUCUUGCUUAAGAACCACGAAUGCAGCACAAGGCAGGACGUAAGGAUUCCGGAACUCCUCACUGAUGGGGUCUCGGGCGCUCGCUGCCUCCCGCGCCCCUCAUGCUUUAGCCCUUUUCAGUGAUGUAAGGUAACUUUUUCCCAGUCUGUGACAUCUUCCUUCCUGUUUUUCAGGAAUAUCAAAGAGUUUACAUAUUCCAAUUCACAUUUUUACAUCUGAGACGGGUUUUUUAAGUUCAUAAUUAUGGAAGAAAUAUGUAUAUUGAGCUUGGGGGAAUAAAAAAUGGCCUUUUCUUAAAUUAUUAUUAUUGGAAAUACAUCCUCUUCAUUAAAAACAAUGUAGCAUGAAAAUUUAUGAUUGUAGUUUUCAUUCCAUAUUAAAAUACAGUUUCUGAGAAGAAUCAUUGACUGGACUAGAAUAUGUCAAAAAAUGAUUCUAUGUAGUUUGGGUUCAGGACUGACUUAAA